AAACCGGUGAGUGUCAGCAGCCCUUAACAACCACAACAAGGAGUGAACAACUCUCAACCUCGUUAACAACCACCACUGAGAACUUCGUUAACAAGCUAACAGCUUCAUUAACCAGAUGAGUGAACUACGUAAACAAGAAAGUGUUGAUGAUACUAAGAAAAUUGUCCACACUUAUCCUUUAUUGAGGCACACCGACAUGUCGGAGGAGAUGAAAACGGAGACAAUGGAACUGAUAGUGACGGCGUGCGAAAAACACCAGACCAAUAAUGAGAGUGCCGCCCGGGUCAUCAAGGAGACAAUGGAUAAGCGUUAUGGAGCAACCUGGCAUUGUGUCGUCGGAGAAGCGUUUGGUUUUGAAGUUUCUUACGAAGUCAAAAAUCUUCUCUACAUGUUCUUCGCUGGAAAUUUGGCCAUUGCUGUGUGGAAAUGCUGUUAAUGGAAUUUAGGCUAGUGCUGUGUGAAAAUGCUGUUAAUGCGGUCAAAAACGCUUAAGAUAAUUCAUUAAGUUCGGAGCCAAGAAUCGACUACUGGUACGAUAAGAUUUUUUUGUUGCAUAUUUGUAAUGAGUAAAUCUUCGAAAAAAGCAUUAGUUUGCUAUUUUUUCUAUAGUUUUUAAUAGUCAAAACUAAGCUCUAAACCCACAAGGGUCAUACAGAGCUGUAUAUAGACUUUGAACAUUGUAUAAAAUUCUUCUGUAUAGAGCAGGAACAUAAGACCCUUUAUAUAGGGUGUUUCAUCACUGGUAAAAGGUUCUUCA